AUGACAAUGGAGCAGACAGACAGCGUCAGCGUAGCUGCGGAAGCCUGUGGACAAAGCUCGCACGGACGGCUCAACUCCGACAGAAUAUCGAAAGCGGCCACCGCUCCCCGAACAUCGUCAGCAGACGGAAGCUGUCGGUUCAAUUGGUUCCUAUCGCUCCGAAGAAAGCGGUCAUCGUCGGCCACGACCGUUGUGGUAGCCACAUCCCACAGCAAGCAGAACGACAGUAGUGCGGGAGGUGUCAAGGAUGAAUUGUUUACCAGCGAUGAAAACAAUCACAAUAGUCAACAGCAGGAAGGCGGCAGCGUGUUUUACACGCUGCGAAAAAGGUUCCAGAAGAAAUUUACCUCGGUUAAAGUGAAAGCAUUCGAACCGACCGUAACCGGCACGCUAGGGGGAACGACAACGCCGAACGCCAACAACACCAGCACACACACAAACUGUAGCGAUUCCACGAGCCGCUGCAAUGGCAUGACGCAGGACCGACUGCCGAGCGACGGAACGACGACGGGGGCGAUGAAUGGGAAUGAUUUUGCACGGAUCGUCAUCGAACGGCACACCCAGAACCCGAUACGGUUUUCCUCACCCAACAAUGCUAACCUACCUGUGAUAAUGAGCACUAGAGAUACAGAACCAAAUGCGGUCGAAGAUCGAAGAUCGCCCUCAUUGUUGGGGACUGCAGCAUCAUGCGUUACCACGACCGAUCAGCCAGCCACUUCCGGCGAAAUGGACGACAUGAUGGCACAGAUGCGUAUCGAUCUGCUACAGUACGGAUGGUACUGGGGCAAACUGACCCGUCUUGCGGCACAAAAACGGUUGGCCCAGAAGGUAAAUGGCACAUUUUUGGUGCGAGAUUCACAGACGGAAAAGCAUCAGUUCACGGUCAGCUUUCGAAGUUCCGGAAUAACGUUACAUUGUCGAAUUGAUUUUGAAAACAAUUAUUGGUCGUUUUCUGGCUUAACGACACCCACAACCUACAAAACGAUGGUCGAUUUGAUACAGGACACGAUGAAAAAGUCCGAGUACGGUGUGAUAGGAUAUGUAAAGCAAGACACGACCCUAAUGCCACCGUUUCCUGUUCGGCUUACCAGACCAAUCAAUCGUUUCUACGAAGUUUCUUCCCUGCAGCAUUUAUGCCGGUUUAUUAUACGGCAAAAAAUUGAUGCCAAGUCAAUUGACAAACUGCCACUACCGGAAAAGCUUAAGGAAUAUGUGGAGGAGAACUUUUACGAUCUCUAGUUAG